AUGGUGAACGAGGCCAUGGACUCCACACAACGACACGCGGGCAGCUUCGAGCCUGCCGAGGGUGCCAAGGACGUGCCCCUCGACCCCAACUGCCCCGACGGCAAAGCGUUGAAGAUCAUACGUUGCCUUGAAGACAAGUUCAACGGUCUCGAGCUCAAACACAUCGCACGCAAGUACAACGAGGAGGCAAACGAGCUAGCCAAGAUUGCGUCUGGACGGACCACCAUUCCCCCAAACAUCUUCGCCCGCGACCUCGCCAAACCAUCUGUUGAUUUGAAGGACCCAGCGGGGGCUAGCGCCCCGACCGCCGAACCCUCGGGGGCUAUUGCCACCGAGCCCUCGGCCAAGGACCCCUCGGCGGAGGAGUCCGAGGCCAUGGAGACGGAGACUGAGAUCUCCUCGGCGGACGAGGCUGAAGCGAUGCAAAUUGACGAGGCCCCGCCUUCUCAAGACUGGGGCGACCAGUAUCUCAACUGGAUAAACCGAGGGGUGCUACCCUCGGAUCGCGCACAGGCGCGGCGCAUCGCCAAGCGGGCCAAGUCUUUUAUCGUGAUCGAUGAUGAGCUGUACAAGCGCAGCCCCUUAGGCAUCUUGCAACACUGCAUCACCAUCCCCGAGGGCAGGGAACUACUCUGGGACAUCCACGCCGGAAUCUGUGGCCACCACACGGCGCCGCGCACCCUCCUCAUGGGCAAUGCGUUCAGGCAGAAAUUUAUCUAA